AUGUCUAAAGCCCUAUAUAACGCCAAAAUCGUCCCUCGUCGCAGUGGCGAGCGUGGACACGCAAACCAUGGAUGGUUAGACUCCUACCAUACAUUCAGUUUCGCCAAUUACUACGACCCUAAGUUCCAGAACUUUGGCAGUCUGCGAGUCCUCAAUGAAGAUCGUGUCGACGCUCACCGAGGAUUCGACACUCAUCCCCACCGUGAUGCUGAAAUCUUCAGUUAUAUUCUCAAUGGAGAAUUGACACAUCGAGAUAGCAUGAUUAAGAAGGGGAAGGAGACCAAGGAAGGAGACGACUUUUUCAAGAUGAAGAGAGGAGAUGUGCAGUUUACCACUGGCGGUACAGGUAUCGCACACUCCGAACAAAACGAAUCCAACAAACAAGUCCACUUCCUCCAGAUCUGGGCUCUCCCAUGGGCCCGCGGCCUCACACCAAGAUACCACACCAAAACCUUUUCGGAAGACGCCAAACGAGAAGCCUUCCUCCCAAUUCUCUCACCACUCAAAGCCGGACCCGGCGCCUCCUACGACGAUGAAAAAGCCGCAGAACCUACAUUGCCAGACACCAUCCCCAUCCACGCAGAUCUCGUCAUGGCUGCUGGCAUAAUCGGUGUGGACAAGCGAUUCAAGUGGACUGUAGGAGCGAACGCGGUUCGCAAGCAAGGAAGCAGAAAUGUAUACAUUCAUGUACCUAUGUGCAAGAAUGGCAGUGCGAAGAUUAGACUUGAUGGUCGUGAGGAGGCUGUUCUUGGUGAGGGUGAUGGAGCGUUUGUGUCGAAUGUUAAUGCGGGGGAUGUUCUCAGUUUUGAAAGUAUUGGGGAGGCUGAGGCGGAGGUUAUUGUGCUUGAUAGCGAUUAG